UAAAGCUCUGGUGUUGGGUUCUUUUUUUGGUGUUCUUGUUGUUGGGUGCGGGAUAAUAACCAACACCACUACCACUUGCAACAACAACAAUGGCCAGUGGCAACUGCACCUUCACCACCACCAACAACAACAACAACAACAACAAUAUCAAGCGUGAGAAGCGACAAUAAGCGUUGCAAGAUUGAGUGGCUUAAAACAAAAAAGUGGUUAUUAAAAAUUAAAGGCAAGCGAAUUAGAAUGCAAAAAAAUGGGAUUUCGAAACGAGGAUUGUGUUAGCGGUGGAUAUUAAGUAUACGCACUCAAGGAUUAUUAUGAUUUUAUGCAGAAAUUAAAAUAUUUGAAAAAUUUAGUGCAGUUUGUCGUGUUUAGCAAUAAUAUGUUUUUAGGGUUACUGAAGAAUUUAUUUCUUACAAAUUACAAGGCUGAAGAAGUGAGAUAAAAAGAUUUACUAACUAAUUUUUAAAAAAUAUAUGUAAUUCAAAUCACAAAACAAAUUUAAGAAUAUAUUUUUUAAAACAUCGUUGGACUUAAAAACAAACCAAGGACAUUUUUGAGAUUUUACAAAAAUAUAAAGUAUCCGUAACGUUGGCUCAAAGUUAGGGUUAUAAAAUAUUCUAAAAAUAAUAAAAAAAUUAUCUGAAAUUUGAUACAUUACAAAAAUCUUAAGUUAGGUAAAAAGCCAGCAUAGCCAGAAUAGUUUCUUUCAUAAAGAAAAACUUUUCUUAGUCCUACGAAUGUUUUUAGCUCAUUUUAAAUGUCAUUUAAGAAAAUCUUAAAAAUAUUUUAUUCUAAAUUUAAUAACAAAGAGAAAUUUCCUGCAUUUCAAAAAAUGUUUAAAAAUAACAGAACUUUGUCAAACAUGCAAAUCUUGUCCAAAAACUAACUCAAGUUGAGGGAAAACCACCCAAAGUUCUCGCCAAAGUUUAUGUAAAACCAUAAGUUUUCGCUCCACUCCCCCUCUGGGGUGUAAAUCAAUCAAAAAUCAUUUACAACGGCUUCAAUCCCUCGCAAUCGGCUGAGUGAGCUAUAUCAUAACACAAUCAGUUUGGGUAUCGGCAUCAAUUACCAAUUAUAACUUGACAAUAAAAUCGCCAAGUGUCCGCAUAAAGAGCCCAAAAGCCAAACAGACUUACACACACAGAGUCGCCAAUCAAUUCGCUUUUAGCGGUCUCUCUUCGACUAUUUUUAGUUGCACUUGCUUUCCUUUAGUUUUUUUUUUUUUUACUUUGCUCAAUAUUAGUGUCAAGGUGCAGCCAGUGCAUAGAGACAGGGAUGGAAAUAUAGUCUGAGACAGAGACGGCGACAGUCGAGCCAAAAGAACAAGUCAAGAAAACGCGCAAGAAAAAAAAAGGGGCACCAAGGGGGAAACCCCUAGUUUUCUUGGCGGCGGCAACGACGACAUCGCGAGAAAGCAACACACGAAAAGGUGGCUAUCAAAAAAUAAUAACAAAAACAACAACACAGAAUAGGGGGUGGCGGUGCAAGUGGGUGGUGGGACAUCCUACAUACAAGACUUGUCACAUCGAACAGAAAGAAAUUGAAUUUAUGUCUUGGGUGGGUUGCCUUCAAUGACAAUUAGGCUGCUAUAACCGCAGGUCUCUCUAUAUAUAUAUCAAAUAUAUAUGUGAGUAUAUACGCUAACGCUAAGAGCAGUGGUAACGGUAAAGCUAUAGCUAACAGCUAACAGGCAACGUAACGGAACCGUGGCGCGUGUUUCGCUCGAAAGGUAAAUCGCGUUAGCAACAACAACAAGGAUACGCAGAGCUCAGCUUUCAGGUUUCAGGCGGCGACCCACAUUACUUAAAUUACGAACUACACGCAAAGUCGCCGAAAGCCCACACACAACUGGGAAAAGUCACACACGCUGUUUAGUCAUUCCUUCAGUUAGCCAGUCAGUCAGUUAGUCAGUCAGUCAGUCAUUCAGUAUGUUCGCCAGCCAGUCAGUCCGUUGAUCAGUACGUCAGUCAAUCAUUAGCCAAAAUGCCUUAUGAGUCAGCCUGUAAGCGAAGUACACACGAAGGAAAUUCUAGUAAUUUGGCUAUAACAAGGAUAAUAGCCAUAGAGGAAUAGUUUUACUUCAACCAACCUUUUAAGAAAGUUAUUAAAAGUAUAUCAUGAUUUUAAAUUUAAAGGAACCAAGUUUAGACAUUGAUAUUUAUAAAAGAACUUUGUGCAUGAAUCUUCGUGGUCAUAGUAAUAGCUUAAGAAUUUAAAGGAAUCCCAAAGCUCUACAAAAUCUACAAAGUAUAUCACAAACGAUCCUACUUUGUAGUUUAGAAAUUCAAAGAAAUGGGGAAAAGGUUUUUUGAAUUACAAUCCCUGAACUUAGCUCAAGAAAUUCCCUUAUUUUGAUCAACACCCCUAUUUCUAACAGUGCUAAAUCCACGUCCUCGACCAUUGCGUGCUCCUGGGUGGAGCCUCCACCAAAGAAAAGUGGCAAAGUGGGAUAUGGGAUAUAGUGGACGACAUGGGGGCGUUAUAAGAUGGCGGGGACAGGAAGACAUGUUGCAUAUUUCGGGGCGUGUUUGGCUGGUAGACAAAAAUGUCGUAUUCAACGAAAUACCCGGCAUACCAAUGCCGUGUUAAGGACAGGCAGACAUUGAAACAAAAGGCAUUUCUCUGACCGCCACCCUCGCAGUAAUGAGAUGAAAAACAACUCAGCGGUUGAAUUUGUUUUCACACACGAGAAUAACAUUAAAAAAAAUAAAAACACACAAUUAAAUUAGAUUUAGUAUCGCUUGUUUUUUGGCUUGUUGAACGCCGAACCAUCACAUGUAGACAUGGUAUUUUUGGUCGGUUUUGCUUUGGUCUGAUGCUUCGCAUUUUUGCAUUUCUCUUUGCAUUGCUUUGGUUUAUUUUUAACAUCUUUGCUCGGAGCGUGUGAACUAUUCUAUCCCCCUUUAUUACAUUGUCUUCUGUAAGAGAAAAUGCAUAAGGCUAAGGCUAUGAUUUAUUAUCUCUUUUGACCUUCUCCUAUGGCUAUCUUAUUUCCUUUAAUAAACUUCCAAAAAUUGCCUCAUAAAUGCGUAGAAGCAUAAAAAUAGUCGUAAUUACUUAGAGAUGCAAUGCCAAUUGAAUUCACAGCCAAACGGGUUAUUUUUGUUUAAUUUCAUUGCCUUUAAGCGAACCAUUUUCACGCGAAUACGCCUGGCAAUAAUCUAGUGCAUAAAUAAAUAAAAAUAGUUCAUUGAGGCAGAAGACAAACACGAUUUUUACAGCCAUAUAGCAGUGCCUACUCACACACAUUCACCCACAAAUGUGCCAUGUUAAUAUAUAUAUAUGCCAGUAUAGGAAGUGCAAGAAAUUAUUUAUUAAUGAAUAGCUGGGAAAUGGCGAGUGUAUGGCUAUACAUCGAGGUGGUUGAGUUGAAACAAAAUGAAUAAUAAAAUAUUAUUUUGGAAAAGGGGGAAUUCUGGGCAAUUAUUUACCCAAAGAAGUUUUGGGAAUAGAAAAACAAAUUAACUGCGUUUACGCAAGUUUAUUUAAAUUUAAGAAAAUAUUUUAAAAUAAUUUGAGUUUGGUUAACUAUUUUUCUCUAGUUUUGUCUUACUUUCAAUGCAAAUAAUGUUUCCGUUUACUACUUUUAAUAUUUUCUUUAACAAUAUGAAUUCAAAUUCAUUUUCCUUUUGCCGAUUUCUUUUAAAAUGUAAAUUUCCCACUUGCGGUUUUCUGCCAAUGCCACACCAAUAAGCCAUCUUUUAAAAACUUUUAGAUCACAACUUAAAAUCUUGCCAGGCAUGGAUCCCAGAACUUGCUCUUUCUUUUGCCGACUUUAACUUAUUUAAAGAAAUAAAAAAAUAAAACUUGAGCUCUUCUCGACCUCUUCAACUCUACCAGAUGCCAUUAUAAAUUUCAACCAAGACAUUGCCCGUCGCUCCCAAAAAGACUUUUAUCUGGGACCCUGGCUUUACAUCACUUUCCAUAAGUUUCCACCUCAAGGCAAGUGUUUUUUGCAGCAUGCCCCCCAUUUUCCGCCAGCUAACUGCUUGGCAAAUUGCUGCCACUUACAUAAGCAGCUCGGCCAUCACUUACUCAAAAAAGGGAAAAUACAAAAAGUUUUCCUGGCCAAAAAGUGGCGCCAAAUGAGCAACUGAGUGGCAUACGAAAAAAAAAGAAGAAGAAGAAAGAAAGAAAUCACAAAACUUUAGCAUACAUCACAGGGCAGUUAAGACUUCAAAGUAAACAAAACAAUCGUAAAAGACGAGUGCGAAUGUGGUAACAAAACAAAGAGCAAGGAACAUGAAAAUAAAAGGUAGGGAAAUAAACCAAAUCACAUGGCCAAACAUAAAGCGUCAAAAGUUGGCCCCAAAAAUAAGGCCAAAAUAAAAUAAGAAAUGAAAUAAAACUUUGGAUGGGGUGAGAAGCCAAAAGCAGUUGUUGUUGUUGUUUUUGUGUUUUCCAAGGGGUGGUGGUGGUUGUUUCAAAGGACCUAACACCCCAACACCAGUGCAAAAUCCAAAGAAAAACAACAAAAAACAGUAAAAAAAAAGAAAUAUACAUUUCAAAGUGUCGUACGGUGUCGGUUGUUCGCGAGUGUUAGUGCGAAAUCCUGUGUGUGUCGUUCGUCAGGCGAUGCGAUGCGUGUCCUUGCAACUUUCGGUUCAGACCUCGCCCUACAGCCCACCUACCCCUCGUGCCACCUCUCGCUCACUCACCCGACCCUUCUUGCUCACUCAAACGCCCCUUUCUUGCUCACUCCCACUUGCCCACAGCCAGCGGCAAUUGCACAUAAGUUGCAACAAGCAAAGUAACUACAACUACAACAACGACAACAACAACCGCAGCAAAAAACGUAACAAAAACGGUAAAAAAAAAAAAAUACAAACAACGCAACAUUGUAAGCGGGGCUGAAAGGCGUUGCCAGAUUGUUGGCCAACAACAACAACUACAACCACAACAGCUAACAACAGCUAACAACAAUUGCCCAAAGGGCCAAAUGAACGUUGUUGGCUAGUCCGUCUGUCGCCCGCUUGAUGGCGCUAGCUACCUAGCCUGGCCCAAAAACAACUACAAAAACAACUACAACUGCCGCUGGAAAUCCUGUCGCUAAUUAGCGGGAUCCCAUCCAGACACAGGGCGAUAGAGGAUUCCAUUGAACUGGCUGCCGGGUUAAAUCUGUUGUCGUAACAUGGGCUGCGUCUUUGAAGCGGCCAAAGAGCAGCCCCACAAACCGAGAAGCAAGCAACUGAGGCACAACCAAUGCCGUGGCAAGGCAGGAGCAGGGACCAGAGGCAAGGCCGCUGUCAGAGCAAACGAGAAACAAGCUGAGGACCUCAAAAUCAAGGAUAACUAUCAACAAAACCAUAAAACGCAAACCGAAACACAAACAGAAGUAGAAACAGAAGCAGAAACAGAAUCAGAGGCCCAAACACAAUCACAGCCAGAAACUGGGCCCGAACAUCUAAAAGCGACGGCUCAAGUGCUUUUAACGAUACGGCAGCCACGUCAGGAGAACAACAACAAGAACAACAAGUACGGUAGUCAAGUGGCUGAAACGCACAAGGACGAAAGCGAGGACGCUUUGGCGAGGCAGGGAUCCAUUGUCGUCGAUACGGCGGUUAGAAUCGGAAUCGAUAUUGCGGCAACAACGAUUCAAAUCGCCGAACGGGAUAAGGAUAGGGACGAGCAGCAGCAGCAGCAUCGGCAGCAGCAUCACAAUGUCCGUCGGCGGAGGCGUCAGGAUCCGGCCGCUUUGGAUCCUGCAAGCCACUCAAAAUCACCAGCCACAAUUGCUGGCAUUUCGGCAUUAUCCCUGCAUUUCCACGCCCUUGCCGCCCUAGCGAAAACGCUGCAGAAACAGGACGACGAGAGUCCUGCCCAGGAUCGCCAGCCAAUAGCCUACCGGCCGUGGCAAGGACAUCCGUAUGCCGAGUCCCAACUGCCCGCCACCAUGUCAGCGGCAAUUAUCGCGAAUGUCAGCGCCACGGCAGCGGCCACAUCGGCGGCAGCCUUCCAAUAUCUUGGCCAGCACUACAAGCACUAUAGCCAGUCGAUCAGCUUCUAUGCCGCCUCUAGCGUCAUCCUGAUGCUCUGCUAUCUGACCACCGCGUCCACGGCAGCUGCCACGCAAUCGGAGACGGGUGCCCUCGACAAGCAUCCCAUUCAUGGCAUCGAUUGGUCGAAAUUCGAUGAGUCCAGUUCGGAUAAGGAGAUAUUAGAUUUACUACUUGAGAAGAAGCGCUACGAUAAACGAUUACUGCCGCCUGUAAAUGAUGAAGACUUUUGCUGUGGUUUGCAAUCGCCCGAUAUGGCAACUAAUCAAAAUGCACGGAGACCACACAAUCGCGGCACUCUGACGGUGAACGUGAACGUGCUGCUCCUGAGCUUAGCAUCGCCCGAUGAAAGUAGUUUGAAAUACGAGGUUGAAUUUCUGUUGAACCAGCAAUGGAACGAUCCGCGACUGCAAUAUGGCAAUAAGUCUCAUUAUGACUUCUUAAAUGCUCUGCAUCAUCAUGAUAGCAUCUGGACGCCGGAUACGUAUUUCAUUAUGCAUGGCGAUUUCAAGGAUCCCAUCAUACCAAUGCAUUUCGCUUUAAGAAUAUUUCGGAACGGGACCAUUACGUACGCAAUGAGACGUCACCUGAUCUUAUCCUGCCAGGGAAGUCUUCAUAUAUUUCCAUUCGAUGAUCCAAAGUGUUCCUUCUCCAUGGAGAGCAUUUCCUAUGAGGAGGCCCAAAUCAAAUACGUCUGGAAAAACGAUGAGGACACUCUGCGGAAAAGCCCUUCGCUGACCACACUAAAUGCGUACUUGAUCAAGAAUCAAACAACGGCCUGCGAUCAAAACAGCUGGAGAGGGAACUACAGCUGUCUUAGGGUCGAUUUAAUCUUUACCAGAGAUCGUGCAUUCUAUUUCACCACCGUUUUUAUACCCGGCAUUAUAUUGGUGACGUCGUCCUUUAUAACUUUCUGGCUAGAAUGGAAUGCCGUGCCAGCUAGAUCGAUGAUAGGCGUGACAACAAUGCUGAAUUUCUUCACUACCUCGAACGGUUUCCGGAGCACUCUGCCGGUUGUUUCUAAUUUGACGGCGAUGAACGUAUGGGACGGCGUCUGUAUGUGCUUCAUUUACGCCUCCCUCCUGGAGUUCGUCUGCGUCAAUUAUGUGGGCCGUAAGCGGCCCCUGCACAACGUCGUCUAUCGUCCCGGCGAGAAUCCCGUAACACAGCGUCUUCCAGCAGUACUAAGCAGGAUCGGAGUAAUUCUUGCAAGUCCUUUGGCAAGCGCCGCCGCCACACCGGCCAUGUCGAUGAUGGGCGGUGCCACACCCAUGUCCGUUGGCACCCCAGCCCCAUCCUCUUCGGUGGUCACACCAGGCACCCCAAGGACCACCGAUCCGGAAGAGUUAUUCGGUGGCGGUAUGCGUUGGCAGGAGGCUCAUGGCGGUAUCAUUGGUGCUGCUGUCCAGAAUUUACGGGCACGCUCUAUCAAAAGGAAGGCAGCCCGAAGUCCAUCUACUUCCAUAUCACCACAUCCUAGUGGUCAACCGACUGAGCAUAUAUACGAAGAACCAAGUGUAACUACAACUGCGGUUACAAGUACCAAAGUGAAGUUCAAGGACGAGCUAAAGGAGGAGCAGGAGGAAGCAGAGACCACGGCCAAGCUACGCCGAUCGGUGGCCACCAGUACACCAGCUUUGGUUGUAAGGAUCGAGGCUGAGACCGAUCAGGAAGCGGAAACAAAACCCGCUCAGGAUAUGAAAAUGACAGAACGUCAGUUAUCCUUGCCAUUGAAACCACCGCGCCGGAAGGCUUCACGCUCCAAUUCACCAGCCUCGGUUUAUGGCGAUGCCUUCGAAAAUGUGGAAACUACAGUGAGUAAAGGACACACCAGAAAUGCUCCCGAAACUAACCGAAAAAAAAAUCCAAACAUUCGUUCUUAUUGUUGUUGUUGUUUGCACAACCGACUAAUAACUAACCAUAACAAUUGUAAAAAAAAAAAUAUCAGAAAAAAAAACAGUCAAGGAGCCAAAGAAAAACGUCAGCAAGAAGAAAGUUUUGGCCAAAAGGCGAAAUUCGAAGUUCGUCCCUGGCCGUGUGCUAACCUCACUAAACUUGAUUGCCUGCGGUUAUUUUGAUUGCCAUUUGC